ACACAAAAAAGAGUUCCGCCGGUAUACUUUCUGGCGACAGUCGCCUUCAGGUGGUUAACCAUUGUAGGUUCAAUUUCAGUCGAAGACGAACCUGUCUUUUUCCAAUUAAAUUUUAAGAUAUGUCACUAAAGAAAACACACGUGUAUUAAAUUCCCAAGACCGGCCCAGAUGGGUUAAACACUCUUUACUCCGGAUCCAACCCAAACCUAAAAGAGGCUUUCUCUACUGGGAGAAGUUGCUUCUUUCAUCCUCGUCCUCCUGAGCCGCCAUCUCUCCUCCUCCAAACUCUCGAUUACUUUCUCCAAAAGGACAAUGCCGAAGAUUAAGACUAACAGAGUAAAGUACCCAGAAGGUUGGGAGUUGAUCGAGCCUACUCUCCGUGAGCUUGACGCCAAGAUGAGAGAAGCUGAGAUGGAUGAACAUGAUGGCAAGAGAAAGUGUGAAGCCUUGUGGCCAAUCUUCAAACUCUCUCAUCAGAGGAGUCGCUAUGUUUAUGACCUUUAUUACCGCAGAGAGGAGAUAUCUAAAGAGCUCUAUGAGUUCUGCUUGGACCAGGGCUACGCAGACCGCAGCCUCAUUGCCAAGUGGAAAAAGUCAGGAUACGAGCGUCUAUGCUGCUUGCGCUGCAUACAGCCGAGAGACCACAACUAUGGAACAACAUGUGUAUGCCGUGUUCCCAAACACUUGCGUGAAGAGAAAGUUGUUGAAUGCGUUCACUGCGGUUGUCAAGGAUGCGCCAGUGGCGAUUGAUCUCCACAUAUGUUUUCUUCACGAUUCCUCACUGUUGCUGUAUUCUAUAUCUUGUCAAAUCUGAAUUGUGUACCCUUAAAAACCCUUAAGAAACUCCCUUUCAGAACCUCUACUUGUUAACUCUACGUUGUUGAAACUAGAAAGGCGUUCCCGGUUUGGUAUAUAAAUGAAUUGAGAGAAUGAUUUUCGGUUA